GGGAAGGACGGGCGCCCAGCUGCUGUCGGCAGACCCGGCCGGGCAGCGGCUCGCCAGGCGGAGGCGGCGGCUGCUGCGGAGGCGCCCCGCCCUCCCCAGGUGGAGCUCCGCGGCGCAGCCGGGGCCGCCCAGCCCGCCAGCCAAGGCCGCCAGCAGCCGCUCCGGAGCGCAGAGACGGCAGGCCGGACGCCUCUCCGCACCGCUUGCCCGGACUGUCCCGCUCGCUGCCCCCGCCGAACCGCCGGGGGACCUUUCUCCGGCGCGCAGCGCGAUCCUGAGAGCGGCGCCGCGCCGCGCGAUCCUGAGGGCAGCGCCGCGCGAUCCUGAGAGCGGCGCCGCGCGGGGAGGGAAGGGGCUGAGUGCUGCCCUGCCUCCUCCUCCUCCUCCCCGUUGUAGGAUCGCCCAGGCUUACACCUCUCCCGGGACUUUGGAGUGAGUACUUCCAGUUUGGGGAAGGGAAGCGGGAGCAGAUCUCCCGGCAAGGAAUGUCGGCUCCGUACGUUUACUUAAAUCGCCUUCACGGGGCCCCCAAAAUGCAGCUCCACGCGGUUCAGAAGUUGCACAGACCUUGGAUGGUUCUCCUGAAUGGCUGCCGAAGUUUCAGGCAAAAUUCAGCCAGAGCCUACAGCGGUGAUCCUUGGAGAAAGUUGGCUGGUUUUGGCAACCCUGGUUUGAACCGGAUGAGUCUAAAGAGAUCCAGGCUUUUGUUUGGAUUCCCAGGAAUUCAAAGAUGCGGUUUUUCGUUAUCGGGAAACGGCGCCGUUUUGCAAAGAGAAAUGCAGAAGCCGGAAAAGAAGAAUUUGGGGAGAUGGUGGAGCUCCUGCAGCAAAGCAGCGCCAUCCUUGGUGUACAAAGUCCAAGUCGCCACCGGGAAGCUCUGGGGUUCGGCCACCUUCAACUCCGUCUCCAUCACCCUGGUGGGCUUAAAGGGGGAAAGCCCCAAGCAGCUGCUGGAUAAGACCGGGAAGGACUUCAUCCCCGGGGCGGUGGACAACUACGAGGUCCUGAGUGACCGUGACCUUGGUCCCCUGCUUUUAAUCCGGCUGCACAAGGAACCGUAUCAAUUUUUCCCGGAGGACCCCUGGUUCUGUGACUUCGUCCAGCUGACCACGCCGGAUGGCCAGACCUUCCAUUUUCCUUGCUACCAAUGGCUCGAGGGCUACCGGACCCUGGAGCUCAGAGAGGGGACAGGCAAAUUGAUCUGUGAUGAUGGCCAGAACGCCUGCCUCCUGGGACACCGGACGAAGGAGCUGAGAAGCAGGCAGGACACCUACAGGUGGGCUGAAUUCGCCCCCGGCUUGCCUCGGUGCUUUGUGGUGGAGACCGUGGAUGAGAUGAACACCAACAUCAAGUUCUCCUUAACCAAGAUGAGCACGUUCAUGGUCCGCUCCAAACUGACGCGGCUGGAGUUCAGGCUAAAAGGCUUAAUGAACUACCAGGAAUCCUGGAAAAAACUUGAGCACAUCCGCAAGAUUUUCUGGUUCAACAAGACUUUGGUUUCAGAGUACGUGGCUGAUCACUGGGAAGAAGACACCUUUUUUGGCUACCAGUAUCUGAACGGGGUCAACCCUGUGGUGAUUGAGAAGUGCACUGAGAUCCCGGCCAACUUCCCGGUGACCCAGGAAAUGGUCGCCGAGUCCCUUGGAAAAUCAACCACUCUCUCGGAAGAAAUGCAGAAGGGGAACAUCUUCCUAGUGGACUACAAGAUCCUUCAAGGCAUUCCGACCAACUUCAUCGGUGGGGAACAGCAGUAUCUGGCCACGCCUUUGUGCCUCUUCCACCAGAGGUCAUCUGGGGAUCUCGUACCCAUAGCAAUCCAGCUCAGCCAAGUCCCCGGUCCUGAGAGUCCCAUCUUCCUUCCCAGUGACCCACGCUGGGAUUGGACCUUGGCUAAGAUGUGGGUCCGCAAUGCCGAUUUCCACGUCCACCAGAACAUCUCCCACCUGUUGAAGACCCACCUGAUGGCCGAGAUCUUCACCAUGGCUACGCUACGGCACCUCCCCAUGUGUCAUCCAGUUUUCAAGCUCCUGAUUCCUCACCAAAGAUACACACUUCAGAUCAACAUAUUCGCCAGGAUACGGCUGAUCAGGAAAGGUGGCAUGAUGGAUCAGGCCACCUCGGCUGGAUUCGAAGGCAUCGGCCCCUUGGUGAGCAGAGGAGUGGAGCAGCUGACUUACUCUUCCCUCUGCCUGCCGGAGGACAUCAAGGCCCGUGGAGUGGAGUCUGUCGCCAACUAUUAUUACCGAGAUGACGCCAGCACGCUGUGGGCUGCCAUAGAGAGCUUCGUGGCGGGCUUCGUCCGAUAUUACUACUGGAAUGACAGCCGGAUCCGAGGUGACUCCGAGCUGCAGGCCUGGAUUCGGGAGAUCUUCAAGGAAGCGUUCCAGAGCCAAAAGGCGUCAGAGGCUCCCUCGUCACUGACCACUGCGCAGGAGCUCACCAAAUUCUUGACCAUGGUCAUUUUUACCUGUUCGGUUCAACAUGCUGCGGUCAACAGCGGGCAGUUCGACUUCGGGGCUUGGAUGCCAAACGUCCCCCCAACCAUGAGGAGACCCCCGCCCAGCGUGAAGGGCUCUGCCUCUCUGGAGAGCAUCCUCAGGACCCUCCCGCCAGUCAACAUUACUUGCAUUGCCCUCUCUUCCCUCUGGCUCCUGAGCAAGGAAGCCGGGGAUCGGAGACCGCUGGGCUUCUACCCAGACCGCCAUUUUGUGGAAGAGGAGCCCAAAAGACUCAUGCAGGCUUUUCGGACACGCCUGGCGGACAUUUCCGAGCAGAUCAACCAGCGGAACCAGGCGCUGGCUCUCCCCUACGAUUACCUCAACCCCACCUGCGUGGAGAACAGUGUCUCCAUCUAGCCUCACCUGAUUGGCCCAUCCAGCAGGAUCCUUUCAGGAACGACAGAGUUGGAAGGGACCUUGGAGGUCUUCUAGUCCACCCCCCUGCUCGAGCAUGACUCCUUAUCCUAUGGCUGUCCAGUCUCUUCUUCAAACCCUCCAGGGAUGGAGCAUUCACAACUUCUUG